CUGUAGUUAGUCCUGACCGUACCGUGGGGUCAGUAGCAUAUAGAUAACGUCUCGAUCGGAGUGGUACCGCUUUGUGACAUUUGUCUAUCAUAAAUUAUUCAAGCAACAGAAUUACAUCAAUCAUGGACAUUGCCGAACGAAUGAAGCGAUGGGAGGGCAAAGUUGCCGUAGUAACUGGUGCCAGUGGUGCCAUCGGCUCAGCUAUUUCCAAAGAAUUAGUUAAAGCGGGAAUGAUCGUAUGUGCAUUAGCCCGACGACGUGACAAGGUAGAGAAAUUACGUGCUAGCCUGUUCGAUGUGGCCGGAAACUUGAACUGCGUUGAAUGUGAUAUUACCGAGGAGUCCGAUGUAAAACAUGCAUUCGGAUGGAUCGAAGGAACUUAUGGUGGAGUCGAUCUACUAGUUAACAAUGCUGGUGUAAUCACAAAGUGUCUUCUAACUGAAAAAAAUAACACUAAAGAUUUGUACACGACCAUGGAGACUAAUAUCAUUGGUCUUUGUAUGUGCACUCGUGAGGCGGUAAAAUCUAUGAAAGAACGUGAUGUUCGAGGUCACAUAAUCAAUAUCAAUAGCAUAUUUGGACAUAAAGUGCAUCAAGCUGUGCCUGGAACAAGACCACUCAAUGGUAUGUAUCCGGCUUCGAAAUAUGCAGUAUCUGCAAUCACGGAAUGCAUUCGACAGGAAUUAGUUUACUUGGAUAGUCAAAUAAAAGUAUCGAGUAUUAGCCCUGGAUUGGUAGAAGGGGACAUCGUUGCGAAUCAUACCUCUAAUGAAAACGACAUCGUGAAAUAUAUGCCAAAACUAAAACCGGAAGAUGUCGCGGAAGCGGUAUUAUAUGCUAUAACAACACCGGAACAUGUUCAAAUACACGAGCUUCUCAUCAAACCAAUGGGAGAAUUUCUAUAGUCUAUUAUAGCAAAUAUUCAGCUCAUUAGUCAAAGCAUUUCUUUGAUUCAUUGAUGUACCAUUCAGCCUCUAAUCGACCAAUUAUACUGUAAUCGGUAUCAAAAUCUUUACUUUAAGAGCCAACAUUAAAGAAAAAAUAAUUCUAAAUGAUAAA